AUGUCAGACAAGGAAAACGAGCUUCCGAGCAACAGCGCUCGAGGGGAGGGGAGUUCGAGAAGGGCGGGUCGGCCGACUGGCGGUCCUUCUACACAUCGAGGAAGUCGGGUGAUGAUGCGUAGGGGUGUAGGACGUCCUGCUACGGCGGCAGAGUCAUCUCCCGAGCGAAUAAGAGGAAGAGGAAGAGGUAGCGGAGGUCGGGGUGAAAGAGGAAGUAGAGGGACUCGUGGGAGGGGUCGAGGUCGACGUGGAGGCGUCCCCCAUCGAUACGCCAACCUGGAUCCCGAGCAGUUCGGUAGCGAUGAUGAUCCUGAUCUCCUACAAAUCGACGUAGAAUCUGAGGAUGGUUAUGGACGGUCUCCUACCUUUCGGAGACAGAUGUUUGGGUCGGUCUCUCCCAUACGGAGAGAACCUAGCGAGGAAGUCGAUGAGGGACGUGCUCGAGCGGGCCAGGAGAUCGCGGCUGCUGUGGCCGAUGGGCAGAUCAGUGACGAGGAAGCUGGUCUGAUGAGCUUAGCGACUCGGGCGCUCUCGAUUGGGACGAGUUCGGCGGAGAGUAACGGGCAAGAACAGGCGGAGCCCGUUGUCGAAAGGGACCCCGAAGAUGUCGGGAUGGAGGGUCCUCAACAGGACAUCGAACAGGACGUCGAUGUGCCGAUGGAGGAGGAGGUUGUUCUGGCCGUCAGGACGCCAACGCCAGGCGGGGUGGGGCAUGAUGAUGGAGGGGUGAUGGACGAGAUGGAGUUGGCUGGGGACGAUGCCGUAAGCGAGGCGGAAGAGGUGGCGGCCCCGGCCAUCUCGCCGGAAAGGAAGGCUGCGUGGCAGAAGAAGUUCGCGGAGCUUCAGGCUUCCCAGCGCCCUCGCUCUCGGUCUCCCGAGCGCCCUCGCUCUCGGUCUCCUGAGAGUCCUUCCCCCUCCGGCACCCGGCCGAUCGCCCCUCUUGGGUCGGCGACAUCUCCUCGAGCCAGACGUGGAGCUCGACAAGGGUCGGACGAUCCCGACCAACGGGAGGAAGGGCAGAUCUGGGCGGGGUAUCCGGAGACCCGGUCCCAGAGACGACGGGCGAGAAUGGAGGAGGAGGAUGAGCUUGAGUCGGUUCAAGGGUCUUCGGAUCGGGCGAGGCCAACGCCGACGAAGAGGAUCAGGAGGGUCCCCGCCCGGAACCCUCUCAGCCCUACCAAGCAGGGCACCCGGGCUGGCCCCGACAACAACACCCAGGCUGGUCCUGGACCUCAAACUCGCGCCAACCGCGCUGCCACCUCGGCCGCCUCGUCCCCGGCCAAGUCUCCUCGCAGGAAGUCCAAGCCUGCCACCUCGUCCCCUGCCGCGACGCCCACCAAGGGUAAAGGUAGGGCGACAUCCACCAAGGGUGGUAGGGGCCAGGCCAAGGCUGAGAUCAAGGCCGAGGUCAAGCAGGAGCCGAGUGCAGGGACGCUCCUGAACCACGCGAAGGCGAAACGGCGCCAAGAAGAUCCCGGUGCGGUCGAGUUUCUCGGAGACGAGAGGUGCGACACCUGUCGUAGCCUCGGAGCCUCGAAGGGUGGGGACGAACCGUGGUGGGGUUGCUGGAGAAACCCAAACUCCAAGAAGGAGCGCUCCUGCUCCCACUGCGUGGCGGUUCGUGCGAAGUGCUCGUUCAACGACGAGCCCAGGCACGUCAACCCGCCCGCGGCAGGUCCCAGUACAACUGGGGUGAGCCAGGAGUGGGUGAACGGUUUGGCUGCCCGGCUCGACCGAGCGAUCGGAGGGAUGGAGGUGGGUCUCGGAGUCCUGAACUCGAUGGCCGCCACUGCUCUUGGAGAGCCGGCCAACAACAUGUUGGCCGAGCGGAUUCAGGAGUUUUCGGCCGUGAGCGCGGACCUCCGCCGUGGUCCCUCUGGGUCGACCGCUGCCGCCGCCAUCGAGGUUGAGGCCGACGACGAGGACGACGAGGACGAGGAGGAGGAGGAGGAGGAGGAGGAGGGGGAGGACGAACAGUAG